CCUACAACCUUCCCAUUUACACAGCGUAACGUUGCGUCGUGUAGCAUGCUAGCUAGCCGCGGUAGCUAGCACCCAGCUGACAGUAGAAGUAUCAGCUGUGUGGGUCCGUUGUGUUAUUUCCCGACAGGGUUGUACAGUCGCAACGUGUACACCGGAGCCCACAGACACGCCUCACUGGACGCACUGAGGGCUGCUGGCUAGUAGCAGGGCUGUUAGCAUAGCAAGAUCCAGGAAGAGGAGCCUGUUUGCAUUCCUCUACAGGUGCAAGACAAUGGAGGUGAAAAUGGAGCAGCAGGACGAAGACCUCACAUUCAGCAACACUGACACUAAUAGUAAACGCCCAGCUGAGGACAUGGAUGAGGAGCAGACCUUCAAACGAUCACGCAACACAGAUGAGAUGGUGGAGCUGCGUGUGCUGCUUCAGAGCAAAAAUGCUGGUGCCGUCAUUGGAAAGGGUGGAAAGAACAUAAAAGCUCUCCGCACAGACUACAAUGCCAGUGUAUCAGUCCCAGACAGCAGUGGCCCAGAGCGGAUUCUGAGUGUCAACGCCAGCAUCGACACUAUUGGAGAUAUUCUGCUGAAAAUCAUCCCAACUCUAGAGGAGUACCAACAUUACAGCGGGAUUGACUUUGACUGUGAGCUUCGCCUGCUGAUCCAUCAGAGCUUGGCCGGGGGCAUCAUUGGGGUGAAAGGUGCCAAGAUAAAGGAGCUGAGAGAGAACACCCAGACCACCAUCAAGUUGUUCCAGGAAUGCUGUCCACACUCCACUGACAGGGUCGUCUUGGUGGGAGGAAAACCAGAACGCGUCAUUGAAUGUAUAAAAGUUAUCCUGGAGCUGGUGUCAGAGGCUCCAAUCAAAGGUCGUGCUCAGCCUUAUGACCCCAAUUUCUAUGACGAGACAUACGAUUAUGGAGGUUUCACCAUGUUAUUUGAGGAAAGAGGCAGACGACCCAUUGGUGGGUUCCCUAUUCGCGUGCGUGGAGGCUUUGAACGAAUGCCCCCCGUUCGUGGCAGCAGACCCUUGCCUCCCCCCAGAAGGGACUACGACGACAUGAGCCCUCGUCGGGGUCCUCCACCACCUCUGAGCCGAGGUGGACGAGGCAGCAGCCGAGCACGUAACCUGCCUCUUCCUCCACCUCCACCACCAAGAGGAGGGGGAGACAGGUUUUCACAUGGCAGCUACCACAGCAGCUUGGACGACAGACCAAUCGACAGGAGAAGCCGAGGAGACCGUUAUGACAGCAUGAGUGGAGGCGGAUAUGACAACAAUUCUUCCUGGGAGCACUUUCAGUCUGGUGGCAGAGGGUCAUACAGUGAUAUUGGAGGCCCGGUCAUAACGACACAAGUCACCAUCCCAAAAGAUCUGGCUGGCUCUAUCAUUGGAAAGGGUGGCCAGAGGAUCAAGCAGAUCCGCCACGAGUCUGGGGCAUCCAUCAAGAUUGAUGAACCACUAGAGGGCUCUGAGGACCGCAUCAUCACCAUCACAGGGACACAGGACCAGAUCCAGAACGCCCAGUACCUGCUGCAGAACAGCGUGAGGCAGUACUCUGGUCGGUUCUUCUAGAAAGAAGGAAGUGAAGAAGAAGAGUGAAGCCAUGCUGCUGUACGGUUUGCUCCUUCUAUUCAGAGCCUACUUUCCUCUGCUUUGGGUAGAAGCGCCUCCACCCCUCACUACCACACACUACGCCACCUAUCUGUGCAUUGGAAACCUUAUUUAGAGGAGUUUUGAAAAAUCUUAAAGCUGUCAAACAGCGAACAAAAGGUCAACAAUGUAAUUCUGUGCUGGUGUAAUUCUUUUAUCUGGGAGACUGUCGUGCUGUCAUUGGAGUAAACUCAUAUGUAUGAUAACUUUCGGUGUUGUGAGCCGCCCCCUGGCCCUUAUCUCCCUCAUUUCAGUACAGCAUGCAGAAUGUAAUCUUGUUUGUAAGGAACACUGUGUGAUUUUAGGUUGUUCCCUUUUCUUUUUCUCAAAUGUUGAAGCACCCUCUCCAAAUGAAGAUGCAUGUUCUCAAGAAUGGGUUAAGAACCAUUUAAAUAAUCUUUGAUUUUUACACAAACCCCUUUUUCACUUUGAAAUGAAGUACUUUUUGUAAAAUGGGCUUUAAAGGAAAUGUUUGACAUUUUAGGAAAUGUGCUUAUACUCUGGGGCAGGUUUUACAAAGAUAAAAUGUGUUCCUCUGGAUGCUACAGUCAUCCAUUUCACAAAGAUGCGCCUAGACAGGUUUCUGAAAACCUGUAUUGCUUGUCAACUACAUAAUUUAAUAAACAUCGCAGGUUAGCUGGGUUGGGAUCCGGCAACUGCCGAACAUGUUCCACAGGAUUCACAUCAUUUUCAUAAACAUUCACCCCUCCUUGUUGCCUUAUUGGACGUGUACAUUCUCAUCAUGUUUCUCUGCUUGUUCAUCUUUUCCAUCAUCACAUUUAUAUUUUCAAAAAAUCACUUCGAUCAAUUAUCAAAACUAGUAGUGGUCGAUUACUGGGUGUCCACGUGUAAUUAGUUCCCAAUUGCUCGAAUUUAUUCAUUCAGUGUGACUAUUCUGUCUGAGUUUACCAUUAUCUCUAUGUAAAUAUAAAUGUGUUUAGAAAAAUAUGCUUCCUGAAGAUCUUUGGGUUUUCAGGAAGCACACACACACACACUAUUUUAGUAAUCCAUUGAUAGUUGUGUUUACAUUAAUGAUCACUCUGCAAAUAAGAGCUGCUAAUAAUGUAUCUGGUAUUUAAAUACCAUAUUGUAGACUUUAAAAAAAGGCUUAGGUUGUAGCUCUGUUUAGCUUCUCACUAAAUCAGGCCCAUUUUCGUAAAGGUUGUUCAUCUGUUAGUAUAAAUAAAGACUAUUACUGUGUAAAUCAUUUCGUUAUAAUGAAAAUGAAUCCCAUGGGUUGAAUGGCUCGAGUGAAAAUUAAUGUGGCUGCUUUUAUGAUGACUGGGCGUUUUCAAGGCUCUGGUUUACAUGUUAAUCAUAAAACAAAAAUACGAAUUAUCACUUUUACAACAACUUCAGUUUUGUAUGGAUUAUGUGUAUAACUGGUGAGGUACUGAGGUGUGAACUGUGUCUUGGACAGAGCCAGUGCAGCCCUUUGUUUCCAGUCUCUAUGAGACCUAAACCUUUCUGCCAAAAAACAAAUAAACAUCUUUCCCUAAAUGUCAAACCUUUGCUCUAAGUUGGUGUAAAUGUGCCAGUGUGAUACAGCGAAAAGGUUUUUUAAACGAUUUUUUUUGCUUUUCAUUUGAAAGACAAGGAGCUGUAUAAAGUGUGUUUGUGUAUAUAUAUUUACUUAGAAACUGAUAAUUUCAUGAGUGCUUAGACAACUUUCUACUUUCAUGGAAGGACAUGGAGCCAAAAGACAGGUCGGCUUUCUAGCUUUCUUUUUCUCUCUUUAUUAUUUGCUUUAUUUUCUACCGCUCUCCUGGAUGGACUCGCUGUAAUGCAACCUUAACAUCUGACCAGUUGGAUCCGCUAAUUCUUUACCUGACUCUUUUUAUUUGUAACCUUUUUCUUUUUUUGUGCUUUUUGAAGGGAUCUAUUGAGACGCAGUUGGGUGUGAGGGUCUUGCAGCUUUAUGAGUCCAUGAGUGGCGCUUCUUUUUCUCUCUGUGUGUGUGUGUGUACGUGCUCAUAUCUAUUCCUGUUUCUAAAAUCUGUACCUGCAGGUGUUGAGUUAAUAAAGUCUGUGUUACACUUCA